AUGGACGACUACAUGUUCCGCGAGCAUGUCGGCAUGUGCCGCCAAGUCACCGAGGCGACGCACUACGUCGAAAUCCUCAACUAUUCGGACCCGUUCUACGAUUCCUGCGAAGAGCACCCGCUCACCAUGGACGAGUUCGACAACUUCUUGUACCGACGGGGCGCAUUUGAACCUCCAAAGCUCAAGGAGGGCGUUACGCUUCUGAGCGGCAUUCGAUUAGUUCUCCAGAAAAAUGCCAAGCACAAGGACACCUUCACCCCGCACACUAUCUCCUUCACAGCCGAUGCUUAUGAGUCCAUGGUGAGGGCCAUGAGGUUACCGUUCAGAGCCAUCGAGGGCACCAGUGUCGUCGGUCCCUUUUUCUGGUCCGCCUACGACCAGGACGACGAAGAUCCGACCCUUCAAAUCAUCUUCCGCAAGUCCGAUGUGCGGAAGAAGGGCAAAACUCGUGGGUGGGAGAUCAUGCUCUCUCACCGUUUCAGCACGGGCAUCACGUCGGGCUACGUCAAGGGCACACCCAGCUCCAACAUGGUCGACGCGAUCCGCCACCUCACGUUUUGCGCCAAGCAGGUCGGCCACCCGAUGCUGCUGCCGGUCAUCAUCCUCUCGCACGACCUGUCGUCGGUGAACGACCAGAAGCAGCGCGACGCGCGCGAUUGGCUGCGCAGGCUGGAACACGCCGUCAGCAUGCGCAACGAGAUCGAGGACGAGGAGGGAUAUGUAAGCAGGGACGGAUAUCUCGAGGUCGACGCCAUCAGCCGUGACCUGGUCGAGUGUCACAGCCAGGUCCUGUGGAAGCGGCCGCAGGCGUACAUCGAGGUCGUCAAGGAGCUCGAGUCGGCGAUGGCGCUUUUCAAGCACAAGGUGCCCGUGGAACGGUUCACGGUCGAGCUGCAUAAGCUGCACCGGAGCAUGAACGCGCGUUUGGACUUCUACAAGAUCAAGCUGAGGGGAAUCGAGAAUUACCAGGCGACGACGUUGGAAAGACUUCACAUCCAGCGAAGCGCGUUGUACAACUUGCUGUCGCAGCGAGAGUCUAAGAUUCAGUUCCAGAUGGCCGGUGAGCAGAGGAGGUUGGCACACGCGAGCAAGAGGGACAGCACGGCGAUGAAGACGAUUUCGUUGCUCGGUGCGGUGUUCUUGCCCGGGACUUUUCUGGCGUCCGUUUUUAGCAUGACGUUUUUCGACUUCGCCAAGGACGCCGAUCCCGUCAUCUCGAAAUCGCUCUGGGUCUACUUCGCCAUCACUGUACCCCUAACCAUCAUCAUCGUUGUCGGGUGGCUGUGGUUCGACAAGCGGCGCGAGGGCCAGUUCGCCGUCGAGGACGCGGAUCUGGAGAAGAACAUCGAACACAUGGAGGCCGACAUCAUGGCGAUGAUGAGGAAGCGGACGAUGAGCAAGGCGAAUACGUGGACGUCAGUGACUACGCCGAUCAAGCCGUGA